AGGGCGUGACCUUUGCACUGCAUAAUUAAUUAUAAUUGGUGUAGAUAGCUCUAGAAGUUUCCUCAAUUUACAAGAGAGUUUCCUAAACUUUCCUCAGUUUACAGGGGACGCUAGUAUCAUCAUCAUGGCUAAGUGGGGUGAAGGGGAUCCUAGGUGGAUCGUCGAAGAACGUCCUGAUGCUGCAAAUGUCAACAAUUGGCAUUGGACUGAAAAAGAUGCUACAGCGUGGUCAAUCGACAAACUGAAAUCACUCUUGACAUCAAUUGAAAUAAACAGUCCAGAAUUAGGAUCAUGGAAGUUAUCCGACAUUAAGCCUGAGGGUGAAGCAUCAGCUAGCAACCGCAAAGGAAAGUUAAUAAUUCUGUAUGAUUGGACAAUUAAUGGGAAAAUUGAGGGGAAAGCAAGUGAUGCAAGUGAGUCAAGCAGUGGUACCGUAGAGAUAAAGAACUUUUCAUUUGAAUCUGAACUGGAAGAAGCAGAGAUUAAUGUAAAAUUGCAGCCUAUUACAAAUGUGCUUAAAAAAGAACUUAGUGAUCAAAUCAUUCUAAAAUUAAAACAAUACCUAGAAUUGUUAAAAAAAGAUUUUGCUGAUGGUCUUCAACUACCAACUGCCCAUGGCACUAGCCAAUCAUCAAAAAAAUCAACUGUCGAAGUGAAAAAUGUGGAGCGUCAAGACAGUUCUAAGACAUCUACCAGUGGAAGUUCAAGCUUGGGGCUUAAAAUAUCUACCAAGAGAGCUAAAUUAUCUGAUUCAUUUAAAUGUGAAGCACAUGAACUUUAUAGAGUUUUUGUAACGGAAGAGAUGAUAAAAGCCUUUACAAGGUCUGAUGCUAAAGUUGAGGGACAUAAAGGUGGAAAGUUUGUGUUUAUGAAUGGCCAAAUAUCUGGUGAAUAUGUAGAGCUGGACCCACCAGGUAAAAUAGUAAAAAAGUGGCGUUCAAAGGAUUGGCCUGAAGGUCAUUAUUCUGUGGUAACUAUUGAAUUGGUUCAAAAGGAAGAUUGUACUGAUUUGUCACUUGUACAAACUGGAAUACCAAGUUCAGAUCAUGAAAGAAUUAAAGACGGUUGGAAGAGGCUCAUAUUUGAACCAAUCAAAUCAACUUUUGGCUAUGGUGCUAGGAUCCUGUAAUGAUGUCCUUCAUGAUGCCUCUGCAUGUUAACUUUGUUUUUUUUAUAAUAAUGUGACAAAACCUUUAAAGAGCAUGCUUCAUUAAUUUUUGUAAAAUUAAUAAUUAUUAUUAUUUAUUUCUCUAUAAUUCUAUUGUACUAGUAUCAAGUGACGAUAGUGUAAUCAU